AUGUCUUUUUCAGUCAUUCUUUUCGGUAUCAUUCUUAUAGAUUUCGUAGAUCUUUUUGUUUCAGUAUUGAUAUUUUUACCAAAUAUUAGCGGCCUCGAUGCACAAGCGAAUAAAAAGUCGAGCACAGUGGCUUCUGGGUCCGGAUUCAAGCUACCAGGCAUAAUAUUUUUUUUUCACUCUGUUGGAACCUUAUUUUUUUAUAUAUCACGGUUUCUCCUGCGCUUUGAAGGCCUUUCUAUCAAAUUUUAUUUUUAAAAAAAGCUAAUUUUCCCUUCUUUCCUCUAUUUUUCGAAGAAAACGUUUUUAUUGCUUAAGAAAAACCUCCAAGUACUUGAAAACUUUCAGAUAUUAUAUUUCUUGUAACGACCGGACUGGUGAUAAUUUGCGUAAUCUUCAUGACGCCUAUAACCUACAUGUUCGUUUCUGAUUGGGCUCCUCUAAUUUUUUGAGUUCCAGUGUAUACAAAAAGAAAUUAAAAACGACAGAUGUCACGUUUUCCUUGGACAGGCUCAGUGACGAACAGAAACAAUCUCUAAAAAGCAUCAAAAUGGUAAAACGUGCUGAAUUUGGAGCACGGGUCAGAGUUAAGGAAAUCCUGGCGCACAGUCCCUUGGAAUGGCUGGACCUUCUCAAAUGCGGCGAGAUUCUGCACUUUGAGGACCUUGUGUUCCACGAGAAAGAGUCGCUCUUCAAUCCGAUCUCCGAAGCUAAGAAGACCUUCUCACAGUCGAAAAGGGAUCGUCGUCAAAAAGAACGUCGUCUCAGGCCUUUGUCUCCGCCGCCGCCGGAUCGCACUCAACGUAGGUUUCCCUCUACGGAAGCUCUAAGCUCUUUUAUAGUCUUGGAAACGGUUUUCAAUCAGAGGAUGUCUUUCCCGGAGAAAAUUCAGGGUCUGUUGGCCAAAGUCGUUGGCACGAGCCUACAGAAUGUCAGUUUCUACAGGGUUCGUUUUUGAACACAUUUUGAAGCAAAAGUCUGUUGCGGUAUGAAACAAAUUUCGAUUCAGUGAAGAAAUUGGACUUCUUUGUUCAUUUCAAACGUUUGUUUUUGAAUAUUUGAAAGUUAUGUUAAGAAAUCUUCCAUUCUUGAAUAAACCAAAAACUUGAAGGCAGCAGAAAUAAUUUAGGCAACUACAUCUUUAAAUAGGGGUAGUUUAGGGACCAAUCCACAAACCUCUAUAGGGUUCACUAAAGUUUGCAAAAAUAGCCCUUAUAGGGGACAUACUAGUCCAUAAAUUAUGGACCAUAAUUUUUAUGAACUCUAGGCGAAGAAGCAUUUCCAUCCGAAAAACUAAAAAAAAAAUUGAACGAUCCCUAUAGGGACCCCUCAAGCUUUAGGGGCUAAGGGGUAGGACCCUAAACUCUACACUUUGAUUUUAUCCCCACAGCAGCCACUUUUUCGGUUCCUAUGGGGCUUUUUUUCCUUCUUACGCCUACAGGGACCACUCUGAAAUUCCUAAGCUCUCAAAGCUUAGAAGUUCGUAUGAGAUUGUUUGCGGCUAAUGCGCAUGCUCACGCGCAUCAAAAUUUUCGAAACAGUGGAAAAAAAAGUUUUAUAGUUAUAACUUUUCAUUUUCCCUAUGCGGCAUAGGCUAUGCCUUGUCUACUUGUAGAUAUACCUCCCAUUUUUCGAUAUUGAACAAACUGAAGUAACAUAGAAAUCUGAUACUAUCCAGACAUCGGAAGAUGGACUCACGAUGAAAGAGUUUGUUCUACUGACGAAAGUUGAAGAAGAAGAAGAAGGAGGAGGAGGAGGAAAUGCUGUUAGUAACAAAACGGAGAGCGGGAAAACGGACGACAAGUAAGCAUAUCUGAGAAGCAUGGAAAUCUGUUGGAAACUGGAUUAUAGAAGGCUAGAAAGUUGUUGUAUGUCCGAAUUCAGCAGACUAUAGUAGAAAAUUUAACCGCUUAGAAAGAAGAUCGAAAAACGCUCCGCCACAGAAUGUUAUAGCGUCAUUUGAAUGCUGAGCUAGCGUUUAGUAUUGCGAAUAGGUGAAUUUCGUUUGAAUUCGACAUAUGCGUCGCAAUUAUAAUGAGAUAUGAGUGAUCAAUUGGAGUUUCUGAACGAUAUUUUCAAAAAGUUGAAAUAAAUCCGAGUUUUAGCUUCACCUUUCUUGACGGAGCUGAAGAUGUGCGACGUGAGAAGAUCGAAAAACAAAGUUUGAACGAUUAUGUAAGUCGGAAAAAAUUUACUUUAAGAAAGUUCUUUUUCCUUGAAGGUUUGCAAAAGAAGACUAUCAGAAAUCAAAUUGCGUUUGAAGGGUAUUUCCGCGAAUUUUCAAAAAAAUAAAAAAUAAAAGAACCUCAAUUGAGACUGAAAAACGUUCACAAGUUAUAGUCAAUGUUUCCCGAUUUGAAAGGCGCGGGAGGCGGGGCAGGGGGCGGGACGCGUAGUGUGUGCGUUCGCGGUUCUUGGCACGUGUUCAAUUCAACCGCCAUCUACUCUUUGAAAAGCCCUUUUUUCGCUCUUUUCAUUCCUCCUUCAAUUAUUCAUUGAUUAUGUUCAUGUUUCCAUCAAAAAAUAGUAGAAAACAUUGAAAAAGAGCGGCUGCCGAGCUUUUUAGAUAGUCGGCGAAAAUUGAAUCGAACUCGCGCCAAGAACCGCGAACGCACACGCUACGCGUCCCGCCCCUUGCCCCUCCUCCUUCGCCUUUCAAGUCGGGAAACAUUGACUAUAGAAAAUGCCUUCAGAAAAUGCCGUCUGGAGGGUCUUCAGUGCUGGUGCUGGGAACACAGGGCUUUGCGGUGGACGUUCUGCAGACGUUGACGAUGGAGUUUCCGACGGAACCUCACCAUUUGGGAAAAGACAACGAGAGGAAGCCUGAAGUCCCCAACGAGAGGCGCGUCACGCGCAGCGAGUUCGAACAACGAGAUACCAAGCUCCGGAGUCAAUGGCUCUACCCAACUUAUUGUUAUUUGAUACCUUUUUCCGGUCAAUUAGCCUCUUUUUCAGGUUACCGGACACCAACCUAUCAAAACUACUUGCUCAUUUCUCGUCCUCAGGUUGAAACUAUGGUUAAUUGUUCACCUAAAUAGUACUAGAAAAACUACGUCGAAAGUGACAUGGACGAAUACAGUUUCUUCUGGAGACUGAUGACAAGAUCAGUCGGUCCGGAACACAGCGAAAAGCCCGCAGGACUCAUCGAAGACGACUUCCCUCAACGUCGUUGGGUUUAUUUGAGGAAGUUCAACAGUUAUUGGGUGAGAAUUACCCGUGAACCGAAAAAUGUUAUUUGGACAGGACCUCGAGCUGGAGAAUCGCUUGGAUCCCGUUCCAGUCGAAGCCGCUUUGACUGACUUCGGUCUCAGCUCAUUUCUUUUCAGCGGGCCUUGGUUCAGUGUCCUCGGGGGUCGUGGAAGUUAUCAGGCACUUUCAGGACACCCAACUCCUUUAUUGACGACCCACGUCUUCUGUUUGAAGUGGUUGCGAGCGUUUUGUACGGCAAGGUGGCCUCCGACGUGACGAUCGUCGGUCGCAAAUCUCAGCAGUUUGUCGACGCGUUCGCCAUUGCCGCUGUACUUGUGCUGCGCAUCGAGCUCCCACAGUCCUUCUCUAAUUUUGACCUUCCUGCCUGCUUCCAACUGAGUGCCCGUUAGUUCUAUCGGAUGAACAGUCAAUCCUUGCCGAUUUGAAAGGCGAGUGAGGCGGAGAAGUGGGCGGUUCUUGGCACGAGUUCAAUACCAAGAACCGCUAACGCGCACGCUACGUCUCCCUCGCCUUUCAAGUCGCAAAGGAUUGACUAUAAGGAGAAGGCGUCGUUUUAGAAGACGAUUUGAAAUUCACCGUUUUUCGAAAAAUUCCUCUAUAAGAGUUACCACAAAUCUGCAAAACCAAUUAAAUUUUUCCAGUUCUUGCGCCCCCGCAGAUGUUCUACGAACCUCGAAUGAUUUUCGACAUAUUCACCGGUAUCCUACUGCUGUGCGGUAAUGAAGAGAAAGAUCAAGUUUUCUUUGAAACAAACUCAAAUUUUACACAAUUUUCGCAGAGAUACGAUUCCUGGAUGAUGUUUCAAGAGUUACUCAAAAAUAAAGUACUGACACGCCAAAAAAACGAAGAAAACUACGACGGGUUGAAGUUUGUAUCGGGAAAGAUGGAAUCGUUAAUUUUAAAAAAUCUUUAGGGAUAUUGAUUCGAUAUUGAACGAAGGAGAAAUUUCAGUUCAACUUCGCGAAAAUCUCAAGAACUGGACCCCUUAG